AUGGCUGGCUACACGUGCUGUCUUACGCGACGGAGCCCUGGCAGCGGCCUGGCAGCGGGCCUGCUUUCCACUCCUCUCUAUGGAAGGCCAGAACCCCCCCCCCCCCCCCCACCCUUCCUCCUUCCCAUCCUUGUGACCGCAGCCUCCCGCACCACCUGCGAACCAACCUGCGACAAACAGAGACAACCGCACAGUAAACCGAAGGACGACAAGACGCCAGCUUUGACAUUAUUGCAGAGAGUACUCGAACAAAACUUCCUCAUCGCUUCGUCUACAUCCCUUAGACAGAGCAGCACCUGCUGGCUUGCUUUGAUCGUCAGCUUGCUCCUUGCUCCUGCUCCUCGAACCCGUCCUUCCUCUUCCUCCCUCCUUGCCGAUGCCCUUCCUUGA